GUUACUGAUAUUGAAGACAGGAUCAAUGGGAAUGACAAACAAGAAAUAGAGGUAAGGGACUUUAGACAGAUCUUUGCUUGACCUUUGGUUUGGCUGAACUUAAUACAACAGGCAGGACAUACACAUGGAGCAAUGGUACUAUAUUUAGCAAAAUUGAUAGAGCCCUCACCAAUGCUGCUUGGAUAGUCCAGAUGAAUAUCACAAGUGUUGUUGCAAUGGAACCUAUGUUCUCAGAUCAUUCUCCCUUUUGCUUUAAUGUUCUUUGAGCUAAGAAAGAGGAUUCACAAACCUUUCAAAUUCUUUAACUCUAUGGCUGAUUUAAUAGAUUUUAAAGAGUUAGUGGAGCAACAUUGGUCCUUUUGCUCUGCUGGUUCUUCAUUGAGAACUGUUUGGUGGCAUUUAAUGCAUGCAAAGGAAGGUUUGAAGCAGUUAAGAAAGAAGGAAUUUGCUAGCAUUGAAGAGAAACUGAAAGAGGCAAGGCAAAAACUGCUGGAUAUACAAAAACUCACUACAGAUGGCCAGCAUCCCAAUCUCAAAGAAGAUGAGAAAGAUCUGAAAAUACAAUAUGAGGAAUGGGCUAAAGUUGAAAAGAGUGUUAUACGGCAAAAAUCAAGAGUACAGUGGCUCAAGAUGGGGGAUUCAAACUCAACGUAUUUCUUUGCAAACAUGAAGAGUAGAGUGGCUCAGAAUAAGAUAACUCAACUUACUAAUGAUAGAAAUAUGCAGAUUCUACAAACUAUUAUUAGGGUCCAAUACAAGCUCACUACCAGCAAUUCAUUGUGGUGUGAUGAAAGAUGGGCACAUUCUACGGAUAGACCGGCCAAUUGA